AUGUUGGAGACCGAUGUUCCCUCAAAAGCCGCGGAAUCAUUAACCGUACAGGAUAAGGCUUCCACAAGUUCCCGGUACAGCACGCAUAUUGUCUUAACUACCUAUCCUGGCCAAAGCGGCAUCGACCCCAUUCCCCUGGAAUGGGGCGCUCCAGAUGCCAAAUCCCGGGGUCCGGUUGUCGUCUCCCGCAGUGGGCCGUUGCUGAAACGACGCAAUGCGUUGGGAGCCCACGGCGGUAGUUACAGUAUCUACAAUGCGUUGGCCAUCGCGUCGGGGGAUCUGGACCCGGAUUUCCGCCCGGACUUCCGCAACAGCGAACCCACCUUCAACUUUCCCCAGCAGCCUGCAUGGUCCGAUAAGACGAAGAUAGUGUCCAUGGACCCUUACGGCCACGACAUCGUCAACCAAUUCCGAGAUGAGCUCAAUUCCGGCUGGGAUAUCCGACCUACCAUGGCGGUAACUCGCGCCAAUAUGAAGCUAGCAGAGGUCGGCGAAGCCGUGCGCGAUGGACACCUGGAAAUCGACGGGUCGAUCGUGGUGGAUUCGUCAGGUGAAGUCCGGGUGACCAAAGUGGCAGUCGAGCCUGUGUGGUAUCUGCCCGGAGUUGCGGAUCGGUUCGGCGUGGAUGAACCGACGCUACGUCGCGCCCUGUUUGAACACACCGGCGGCAGUUAUCCUGAAUUGAUCACCCGGCCUGAUUUGAAGGUCUUUCUGCCUCCCAUCGGCGGGUUGACGGUGUAUAUCUUCGGACCGCCGGAGCGGGUGUCAGAUGAGAAUGUGAGACUGGCUCUCCGUAUCCACGACGAAUGCAAUGGCAGCGAUGUUUUUCAAUCCGAUAUCUGCACGUGUCGUCCCUAUUUGGCGUUUGGUAUUAGCGAGGCGAUCCGCGAGGCCCAGAACGGGGGCAGCGGGGUGGUCAUCUACUUCCGAAAGGAAGGUCGAGCCCUCGGCGAAGUCAUCAAGUAUCUGGUGUACAAUGCCCGUAAGCGCGGCGGAGACACUGCCGAUAAGUAUUUUACUCGGACGGAGAACAUUGCGGGAGUGAGAGACAUGCGCUUCCAAGCUCUCAUGCCGGACAUCUUGCACUGGCUCGGGAUCAAGAAAAUCGACCGCAUGUUGUCCAUGUCGAACAUGAAAUACGACGCUAUCGUUCAAACAGGCAUCCCGAUCUAUGAACGCGUGCCGAUUCCCGAAGACAUGAUCCCCAGUGAUUCGCGCGUCGAGAUCGAUGCCAAAAUCAACGCCGGAUAUUUCACGACAGGAAAGAACUACACUAUGGAGGAGCUGGCCGAGGUGCGCGGCCGUGGCUGGGAGAAGUGGGAGGAUGUGACGACAGACGAAGUGGACCUCGCAUCCCAAAAGAAAUACUACCAGUACCUUUCGACGACAGGCCUGACAGGACUGGUUAUCCUUGGCACGAACUCAGAAGCAUUCCUGUUAACCCGCGAAGAACGCGCGCAAUGCAUCUCAACCGCCCGCUCAGCCGUGGGGCCAAACUACCCCCUCAUGGCAGGCGUAGGCGCCCACUCGACGAAACAAGUCCUGGAACUGAUUUCUGACGCGGCCCACGCCGGCGCAAACUACGCACUUGUUCUCCCACCUGCAUACUUUGGCAAGGCCACAACGAUGUCAGUGGUCAAGCGCUUCUUCGCGGACAUAGCGCGCCAAUCACCUCUUCCCAUCGUGAUCUACAAUUUUCCUGGGGUCUGUAACGGCGUGGAUCUAGACUCCGAGACCAUCACGUCCAUUGUGAAACAAUCGGCAGAGUCGAACCCCGGAGGGGUGUCUAAUGUCGUCGGGGUGAAACUCACGUGUGCGUCGGUGGGGAAAAUCACCCGGUUGGGGGCUACGUUUUCCCGUGAUGAAUUCGCGGUGUACGGAGGACAGUCCGAUUUUCUCAUAGCGGGACUGAGUGUUGGGUCAGCAGGAUGUAUUGCCGCGUUUGCGAAUGUGUUUCCCAAGACCGCGGCCAGGGUGUAUGCUUUGUAUGAGAGUGGGGAAGUCGCGGAGGCGUUGGAGUUGCAAAGGAAGGCGGCUCUAGCGGAAAGUCCUUGUAAGAGUGGGAUUGCGUCGACGAAGUAUGCGGCGGCGGUGUUUACGGCCGUAGCGGCGGGGAUUGACAGUGCCGAAGAGAAGCUGAAGCCUAGGACGCCGUAUGAGGAGCCUUCGGAGGGGGCGAAAAAGAUGGUUAGGGAGGUUAUGGCAGAGGUGGCGGAGUUGGAGAGGGGGUUUGAUUGA